CCGUGAGCUAAUUUUCUUUUCGUGAGACGAAAAUGAGAAUCUCUUUGAAAUGAAAAGAGAACCAGAGAGAGAGAGAGAGAGAGCUUGUACGUGUGGAUCGAAAGGUCCCGCCCUGUUUUGUUGAAUGCGCUCUCGACCAAACGCUCCGGAGUUUCGGCGCGCGCGUCAGUUCGUAUUGAGAAACCGCACGGGAUAGUAUCGCGUGGAAAAGCGUGAAGCAACACCCCUCGGAACGUUGUCCGUGCAGGUGUGUGUGUGUUUGUGGUUGUGAAGGAAAGGAAAAAGCGGUGUGAUAGGAAAAUCCUUGCACAUUGCUCAUAAGUGUAGUGGAAUGUGUUUGUAGAAUUCGAGGUUUUUUGCUGCAAAUUGUCAAGUUUCGGCCAUGUCGUUUGUGUCAUCCCGGUUUGUGGAAAAGCUGUAUUCACUUACGAGCAUCUAAACAGCCAGUGGUUCUAAAGAAACGAAUGUGUAUUUGCUCGGCACUCGGCACGCUCUAUUUCGUGCGUUCUAAUAGGCAAAAAAGUGGAAACGAAUCUCUUCCCCCGUCCGUUUUUCCUUCAGUGUAGUGUCAUUACAACACAUUCUGCACUGCAAACGUGUACGAAGCCCGUGUAAAAGUGCAUUCAAAAUUUCGCAACCAACACGAAGCAAACGUCCCCGAACGCUCUUCGCUGCGGCCGCUGUGUCUGUGUGUAAUUGGAUGUGAUAUUUUAAUUAAUUUGCCAUUCUUCAAGCCACGGUUCUACACAUCCCCGCGGCAGCUUGCUGCAGUUAACCAGUUCACUUUCCAGAGCUAUUCCCUUGCCCUUCAAAUGACAAUAUAAUUGCAUUGGAAUUGCAUCAAAUGCUCCACCGACAAUAGCAUUCCCCAGCGAAAGAAGGAAAAGUUCAUCGAAGCAACUCUCCUCACCGCUUUUCCUCAUGCAGCUUGAGUAGAAAAAAAAGCUGCAACGGAGAAAAUAACUACUCAGCAAACGAAGAAAAAAUACUGAAAACAACAGCAACUCGAAGAGAAAAUGUCCAGCAACGACAGCACACCGUUGAACAGCCCGCGGAAAAUCUUCGGCAAAACCGCGACGCUCGACAAUAAUGCAAUGCUCGAGUACGAGAUGAACAAAAAUCUAGAUGUCAAGUUUCGCGAGAAGGCAGACAAGGAGCUGGGCGAAACGGGGGGCGAGCUGACGUACACGAAGAUCCGGCAGCUGCGGCAGCAGCUCAACAUCUACAACGAGAACCAUCAGCGUGCGCUUGGCUGCCGGCGGGACGAUUCGUUUCUGUUGCGAUUUUUACGCGCCAAAAAGUUUGACGUCGAGAAAGCGUUCAAAAUGAUGCAAAAGUACUACAAGAUGAAGGAGGAGUAUCCGGAGAUUUUCAAAGUGUCCCCACCGUCCGAGAUGAAGUUUAUGCUCGAGAUGCAAAUACAGACGAUGCUGCCGAAGAAGGACGAGCACGGCCGGCAGAUCUACCUGUUUCGAGUCGAAAAAUGCGAUCCGUACAAAAUUCCGGUAGAUUAUGUGUUUCGAAGCAAUGUGCUCGCGCUGGAGGACGCUGUCCGCAGCCCGGAAACCCAAAUCGGGGGCUUAGUGGUGCUGCUGGACAUGGCCGGACUGGGAUUUGCUCACGCUAGGUAUCUUUCACCCCAUCUGGCGAAGAAAACGGUCGAGGUGGUGCAGGAAGCGUUUCCGCUGCGCUUCAAAGCAUUCCACGUGCUGCACGAACCGUUCUAUUUCGAUGCAAUACUGGCCGUGCUGAAACCAUUCCUGAAGGAUAAGAUCCGACGGCGGAUACACCUGCACGGCAGUUCGCUGAGCUCGCUGCACAAGUACGUCUCGAAGGAUCUGCUGCCGGCCGAGUACGGCGGUAACCUGGGCCCGUUCGACAACACAGAAUGGCGCCAGACGAUACUGGACAACGAGCAGUACUUUAUCGAUCUGGAGACGUACAACCAUCUGUCGGAGAGCUGCUACCAGCUCGGCGGGGACGGUGAUGCGGAAAGCAUCGACAGCCUACAGUUUGGCGACACGGAAACGGAGGACAGCGAGUUCGACGAGGACGAUCGGCGGGUGCUGAGCCCGAAGCGGAACGCACGCUCGAUACAGAACAUUGAGGAGAUUUUCCUGAAGAACGGGUACGACGGGAUGGCCCCCGGGGUGACGGGGCCGGAUUUGGAGAAGGAGGUGGAAGAGCUAAAGUAAAGGGAGGGAGGAAGGUAUCAUACUUUAAAGUACAAGGUGGCUUAGUGCGAAGCGAGCUUGCAAAAACAAAGCGGGGGGGUCAGGUUUUGGCUUGUCGAGCACUGUAUCGCAAGUAUUAAGUAUGCGCAAUCUGAAGGCGACACUGAUAAGCAUCGUGUAGUCAAUUUAAUGUUUAGAUUUUAUUUAAUUAAAGGGUUUAAUUGUAAUUUAUCAUUAGCCUUUCCUGAUUAAAGCAAUGAACUGGCUUUUGGUUGACGAGCUGAUUAGGAAAAUGUAAGCUGAUUUUAUCAAAACUCUAUUAAGGGCUUUAUGCGGACAUUAGACUGUUUGCUUUCCACGUGAUAGACAAUUACGAAUGAGCGAGCGAGAGAGAGAGAGAGAGAGAAAGAGAGAGAUAGAGAGAGAGACAGAGAGAGAGAGAGAGAGAGAGAGAGAUAGAAGAAAAACCAUGAAAUCGACUGACCGUAACUGGUUUGUCUAACGAUAACCUUAGUCAAUUUAGAACGGGUCACAUGAAUAUUAUAUAUUUUUUCCAGUGGCAUAGACAAGUGAAGCGAAAAAAGAAGAGAGAAGAAAAGUUGGUCCGUCUUUUGUCAGUUCAAGGCAUAGCACUUUUUAGUUCAAUUAAAUCAAUGGCAAUUUGGAAUGCAAAUUGCAAACGACAAGCUGUCGGCCAACUGUGGUUUGCAAUGUUGACCGAAAGCUACAUUGAUAGAGAAAGGAGUGUGUGAGUGUAUUUUUUGCUCAGUUUUUAUUUCUUUCUGACGUACGUCAACGAUAGUCAAUUUAGUCUAAGUGCCACCACUGCUAAAACUUAUUCCAACAUAGCGCGUGAGGCAAGAGGGAAAUGACGCACAAACAAACAAACAAACAAACAAACAUACAAAACAAAAUCGUACACCAAACGUAGCGAUACGUCUGAAACCCCGUUCCCCGUUGUUACGAUACUCAAAUGUUACAAAAAAAAAACAAUCAGAAAUACAAUUAGACACAAAAGAAAAGAGCAAAUCAUUGCUACCAUAUUUAGCUAGCGCCCUGUUUGCUAUUCACAUUUAGCGUCAAUAGAGAAGUAUUUAAAAAUGGCGAAAAUAGAAUCAAAUCAAACAAAAAAAUAAUAAACCAAUUCUAAUGUCACUAGCGAUUGUUGAUUGAAGUUUAGCCACGUAAUUGAAUGAAGCAAACACACAUAGCAAAUAAAAUCUAUUUUCGCUCAAACAUC